UGUGAAACGUGCCGUACAUUCUGUCAAAACAUAACCUAUUUUUCCGUUCUUUUUUAAAAUUGUGCACAAAUUUGUUGGUGGAAUCUACUGGUAGUAACUGUUUCUCUUGCAGGAGUAGUUAAAGAAAAACAGUUACAAAAAAAUGGCAGCAGGUAAUACUGAGGAAGAAUUAAUGCUAAUUACAACAGCUGUCGACAUAAUUUUCGACGACGAAGAGGAACAGGAAGCGGAAGAACUCUUGUUAUUAGCUGCUGGAAAGAAAAGGGCUCCAAUCCCAAAGACGGAAAAUUAUUUUGAGUUAAUUAUCCCGAGAUUUGAACCGUCAGAUUUUCGUUCUCAUUUUCGAAUGAGUAAAACUACAUUCACAUUUCUAAGUGAGAUACUUGGUGAGGAUAUAAAAUCAGUUUCUCCUUACUCAAAAAUUCCUGUAACAAAAAAGUUACUAAUAACUAUUUGGACAUUUGGAAAUCAAGAAGUAUUUCGAUCUGUUGCUGAUAGGUUUGGCGUUGCACAAUCCACGGCGUGGGAGUGCGUUAUGGAGGUUUCAAAUGUAUUUAGUGUACGUGCACGAGAAUUUAUUGUGUGGCCUACGGGACAGGCGAUUACAAUCAAUCAGAGGGAGUUUCUGGAAAUAGCUCACUUUCCAGGGGUUAUUGGUGUCGUUGACGGUUGUAAUAUCGAAAUUAGUGCUCCGCAUGAACAUUCGGAUAGCUACAUGAACAGAAAAGGAUACUAUUCCAUUAAUAUGCAAGGUAUAUGCGACGCCAGAAUGCGCUUUAUUGACGUCUAUGCAGCUUGUCCUGGAAGUGUUAAUGAUGCUCGAGUAUGGUCAUUAAGUACAAUUAAUGAAGAGAGUAUCAGAGAUUAUGAGCACUAUUUCCCGGACCAAACUCAUAUUCUUGGGGACAAAAUUUAUACUUUGCAAUUUAAUUUAUUGCCACCAUACAAGAAUUAUGGUAAUUUAACACCAACGGAGAGCAACUUCAAUCGAGUUCAUGCCCUAACGCGGCAGAUAAUAGAAAGAGUCUUUGCCUUACUAAAAGCUCGCUUUCGGCGCUUGAAGUACUUGUAUUUGCAGAAUGUGGAAUAUGCAUCCUUAAUCAUUCUUACUUGUUGCUGUCUCCACAACAUAUGUAUUUCAUUACAUGAUGAAUUUGAUGAAGAAUUAAACAUUCAAAAUGAUGAUGGUGAUGACGCUGCAAAUGAUAAUCAUGCUGAAGUAAAUGAUGCCAGAAACCCUCAAAUAGAAAAUCAAAACUUUCAAUUUCCUGCAAUUAUGAAGCGCAAUAUUAUUGCUGAACAAUUGUAUGCAAAUCGUCAAAUGCAAUAAUCACGAUUAUCUUUUGUAAACAUUCUGUAAUUUUUCCACGAUUAUUAUAUUUCAUGUGUCGAGCUAGUGUUGCUGGAAAGUAACAUUUAAAAUGAAUGUAACUACUAAUUGCCA